UUGUUUUGGUUUGUUAUAGAAAGUCAAGUUUUAAAAUUUAACUGUUUAUUAUUCAGUAUAAAAUCACGGUUUCUUUCAUCUCUCUGCAAUGGCUGGUCAGGGGCAUCAGUUUCCCGGUAACUUCCAGGGAAACGCCGGCGCGAUGCGGUCCGGUUUUGGCGGCGCUCCGAUGGGAGGCCAAAUGCAACCUAUGCCCAACCAGUUAGCAGGAGUGAUGGGUGGUGGAAUGGCCAACCCCGGCGGCAUGGUGGGCAUGGGCAACCAGAUGGUGCCUCCAUAUCCGACAGCCAUGCAGAACCAAAUGGCAGCUAUGGGUAUGGGCCCCCAGGGCAUGGGAGUGGGUGUUGGAGGUAACCCAAACCCAGGAUUAGCCCAAGCUGUGCAGCAACAAGCAAGCAUGCAGCAAGCGGUGGCGGUACCUGCGUCUGCUGCUCCAGCAACUGCCUCGGCACCCGCACAGCCGCAGCAGAACAAGGACUUCAACACUGCUUCACUUUGCAAAUUUGGCCAAGAAACAGUACAAGAUAUAGUAAGCAGGACACAGGAUGUUUUUCAAACACUGAAAGCAAUUCAACCUCCAAACGGCACUCAGAUCGGCGAGAACGCCAGUAACGAUAAGAAGACUAAGAUGCAGGAGCAGUUACGAACGAUACGGCUAUUGUUUAAGCGCCUGCGCCUGGUCUAUGACAAAUGCAACGAAACGUGUCAGGGUAUGGAAUACACACACAUGGAGAGCUUAAUCCCGCUGAAGGACGAGGCCGACAACAAGACUUUGGACGAGCGACGGAACACGGAGUCUUACCGACGAGACUUGGAGGAGAACAGGGAGCUAACGGAACAGGUGGUCCUCAAGAACAAACAGCUCAAAGAAGUCAUAACGAAUUUAAGGACUAUCAUAUGGGAAAUUAAUGUUAUGCUUACUAUGAGACGAUCUUAAAC